UUCACCAUGGAUUCACGAAUAGACUGCAAAAAUAAUGGUUUCACGGCCGAUUAAAUUGUGUGCGAUAGUAUUUACUUGAUUUUAGAUUAAAUAGAGAUCGCCUGUCACAAACACUUCCGUUAUAAUUCAGCACAGUUCUAUUUUAAACUUUUUUUUUUUAAAUCAGUUUAUUACUUCAACCAAGCUGAGAGCUCAGUGUAAAAAAAGGGGAGAGUGGGUGUCAGGUGUCAAUACGUCACGCAGGUAUAAUGGUGAAAGGUGUGGUGACACUGGCUGGUUUGAAAAAGCACAAAGCAGUCGUCGAGCUGGAAAUCUGUUCGUAGAACACACCCGCCUGUAGAAACAUUGUGAAGCAGGAAACAGAGGCUGGGAGAGCUCGCGGACACUGUAGUUAGCUACGGAGUUUAUACCAAAAGCUGCUAAAAUGAGCAAAAUCGCGAAAUUAUUCAAGGGGAGCUCCAGCUCGAGUUCAUCGAGCUCCUCAAAGUCCAAACACCACCGGUCGCGGGGAGGACCUUCACCCCAAGAGGCCAUUCACAAACUUCGGGAAACAGAAGAAAUGCUGACGAAGAAACAAGAUUACCUGGAGAAAAGAAUAGAGCAGGAGAUUAUGAUAGCCAAAAAGAAUGGCACAAAAAACAAGCGAGCUGCUCUGCAGGCCUUGAAGAGGAAGAAGCGCUUGGAGCAGCAGCUCACGCAGAUCGAUGGCACGCUCUCCACCAUCGAGUUUCAGAGGGAAGCUUUGGAGAACUCGAACACCAACACCGAGGUCCUGAAGAACAUGGGCUUUGCUGCCAAGGCCAUGAAGCAGGUCCACGAGAACAUGGACAUUGACAAGAUAGAUGAUCUGAUGCAGGAUAUCACAGAGCAACAGGACGUGGCCCGAGAGAUCAGCGAAGCAAUCUCCGGACCUUUUGGCGAGACAUUCGACGAGGAUGAGCUGAUGGCAGAGCUGGCAGAGCUGGAACAGGAGGAGCUUGAGGACAGCAUGAAGAGCAUGGGCGGACUACCAAGUGUGCCCAGCUCCAAACUGCCUUCAGCACGGCCCAGUCACCGCACAACAACCAAGAAAAGGGUUGAAGAUGAUGACGACAUGCGCAUGCUGGCAUCGUGGGCAACUUAAGUACAUUAAGGACGGCUUAAUGGACCUAGCCAGAUCUCUCUCUCUCUCUCUCUCUCUCUCUCUCUCUCUCUCUUUCUAUCUAUCUAUUAUUUUUGAAGGUUAAUAGGGAAAACAAGCAUUAUAUUAUUUUUUAAAUACAUUUUUUUGCUUAUCGGCUUGUAAUGGCACUUUACAGGUUAUAUUUAUCAAGAAAUUUUAAGUGAAGGAAUCAACAGACCGUAUUUUAGAUUUAUGUUCAGCAUUCUUACCAUUCUAUGUACAGAAUGCACUACUUUCAUAGGCCUAAUGAUGACAUUAUAAGGAUAUGACUGCAGUGUUUUAACACUACUGCUUAACUGUAUUGGCUGUAAAUAAAGUCUGAUUUUGCAUUAAUGUUGUAAAUAUAUUGCUUACUUGCAUCAACAAUAAAACAGUCCCCUAGUGUCUAAUGA